AUGGGUGUCCCUGGCCGAUCUGGACCGCCUCCGGGCGUUAUGGGAGAUAUUAAAACCGGCAACAAGCUGCGCCGGAAGAUGAACCAUGUCAAGCGCAAGAGAGCCAAAGAUGCUGCGCGCCGAGAAGAGCGCUACGCUUUCAAGAAAGAAGAAGCCAAGAACCCCCAGUUGAAGGAAGAGCGACUUCGCCGCAACAUUCCUCUGACUCUCGAGCGGAAACGUGUCUGGAACGAAGCCGACAACGACACCGAAGAAACUGGUCUGGGAUUGAGCAUUGACGUUGAGCGCAUCAAGCGCGCCAAGAAAGAAGAAGAAGACGAGCUCAAUCGGCCAUUGGAAGAGGGCGAGGAUGACAGCGAGGCUCCGGAAUCAGACGCUGAGUCGGUCGACAGUAUGCUGGAGUCAGACAACGAAGAAGAUGAAGAUGAAGAUGAGGACGAAGAAAAGGGCGAAGACAAAGAUGGCAGCCGCGGCCGGAAGAAGGCCUCUAUCCGAACUGCGACAGAGCGUGCCACAAGUCCUACGCAGUCAACACGCAGCACAAACCUCAGCCUCGCUCCUGAAGCAUUGGCCGCCAAAUUCCCUACACUUUUCACCGAGGGACCUCCACCCACCCCGAAAAUCCUUAUCACUACCGGCCUCAACUCCACCCUCCACGACCAAGCCGAAACCCUGACCGAGAUGUUCCCGAACAGCGUGUAUAUCCGGCGUAAUGCCCACCGGUACUCGCACAAAUUCUCAGUCCGUGAGAUUUCCAAAUUCGCGGCAAACCGUAAUUUCACCACAGUCAUCGUGUUGAAUGAAGACCAGAAGCGACCCUCUGGGCUAACGAUGGUGCAUUUGCCAGUCGGCCCGACUUUCCACUUCACCAUCAGCAACUGGAUCGACGGAAAGCGGCUUCCAGGACACGGCCGAGCCACCGAGCACUGGCCCGAGCUGAUCCUCAAUAACUUCCGUACUCCUCUGGGUCUUCUGACUGCCCAUUUGUUCCGCACACUUUUCCCGCCCCAGCCGGAUUUCGAAGGCCGACAGGUUGUCACUUUGCAUAACCAGCGUGAUUACAUUUUCGUCCGUCGUCACCGCUACGUCUUCCGUGAGAAGCGUGAGACUGAGAAGGCUGUCGUCGGUGCUGACGGCAAGGAAAUGGUGGGUGCUGAGGGUAUCCGUACCGGUCUACAGGAACUAGGACCUCGCUUCACCUUGAAGCUGCGUCGUGUUGAUAAGGGCAUCCAGCGUGCCAGUGGCCAGGAAUGGGAAUGGAAGGGUGGAAUGGAGAAGACGAGAACUCUGUUCCAACUGCCACGUCGGCUCUGGAUUGGUUACUUGCACAAAUACAUUCAUUGGCUAUCCAUACCCAACUCCCUAAAAUUGUCCAUCCAAGUGACCAACGAGAUGCAUUCGAUGGAUUCGAACAUUGACCUACCCACCGUUGCGGAGAUUGAGGCUUCGACUGAUAUCCUCAGUAUACGAACCAAUUCCAUUAAAGUGGUUCGACUGCGAGAACGCUUCGCGGUCAAGAUUGGAUACGCGAUUCCGCCUGUAGAGGCAGAGAACAUAAAAUUUGUCGCGGCCAACAGCAUGGUUUCCGUGCCAAAGGUCUAUGCCAACUUUGUCGAUCCAGAGAACCAGAAGAGAUAUAUCAUUAUGGAUUUCAUCCCUGGGGCCGGCUUGCAAAAACUACACCCGUCGCUCAUCCCAGCCGAGAAGACGGUUAGCAAGCGGAUCAAAGAGACCUUCGACGAAUUACGAGCAAUACCAUCACCGGUUGGAAACUUGAAUGGCAUGCCUUACCUCGACGGUGUUUUGGCAACGCCAGAUAACAACCCAGUGAUUUCUGGGCCAUUCACAAAUCAAGAACAGAUGAAUCAGGGAAUAUUGAAAAGGCUGGGCCAAACGCAAUCACCGCACCACACUCGCUUAGUGCAAGGAAUGGCCGACCGAACCCUCAAGGACCAUCGAAUUGUUUUUACCCAUGGAGAUCUGCAGCGGAAGAACGUAAUGGUGGAGCGAACGGUCAACAAUAAUGGAGAUGCAGACUUCAAAGUGACUCUUAUUGACUGGAAUUUGUCGGGCUGGUAUCCCGAGUUUUGGGAUUUCUGCAAUUCGACAAUAUAUUGUCAACGGAAACCAGAUUGGGUUGAGCUCAUUCCAGACAUAUUUGAUCAGUACCCGUUGGAAUAUCUCAUGAUGCAACUUGUCUACUCGAUGGUCUUUUACUGA